UCCUCUCAACGACAUGCCGUCCGUGGAGGCUCGCCGUUCCUCAUUUUCUGAGGCUUCCGAGUUGUUUGAGUUCUUCAACGACGUCGCCCUCGACUUGUGCCCCGCCGACGAUAUCUUUUUCCGCGGUAAACUCGAGCCCUUCAACCACAGACCCCAUUCCGAUUCUCCUUCCGUUGAUCACAGACCCGUUAGAGAAUCCAAUAUUCCGCCCAAUCCACGCCUAAGAUCCGACUCGAUUUCUGGGGUCCGAUUUCAUGUUUCUCGAUCGAACAGUGUGGGAACGUCCAGCAAUUCUCCCCGCUCCGUUAUGAUGAGGAAUAGCAGGUCUCUCGAUUGCCGCAAGCUUCGUCGGUCUUCGAGCUCCGUUGUGUUUAUGGCUCCGGAAGUGGAGCGAAAUUCUUCGACGGUUAAGAGAGCGACGUCGAAGGCGCGCUGGUGUUCCGUGAUGCUGGGGACGGUGAAGCCACCAACGGAGAUGGAGCUCAGCGAUAUGAAGAACCGGCAGGCUCGGCGGAACCCGUCGAGGAGGAUGUUCCCGGCGGUGAUUGAAGGAGGAGGGAAGAUGGCGGAGAAUCGGAGCUCGGCUAAGUGUUCUUGGAGGAUACUGAGAGCCCUCACUUGUAGGGAUCGUAGAAGUGUAUCGGUGACGACGUCGUUAGCCGUACCACAAGCCACCUGAUCAGAAGUCACGUGACUUGCACAUGCAUAUUUGUCCGGAAGUAACCUCAUGGCGGCGCCGGACGAUGAGGGUGAUUGCCGUGCAUGUCAGGGCAUUUUAGUCAUUAUGAGUAAAUUUGAUCUUGAUAUUGCGUAGAAGGGAAGAUGGUGUACAGUGGCAAUCCAUGAGGGAUUAUAUAAUGGUAUUGGUACGCGUAUGCCCUUUCCU